AUGAACGAGCAGUACACCGCUCUGGAUGAGCUCGUGAACACGUUCCAGUUGAAGUACGAGAGCAACACCGAAGACGGCUCAGUGAAUGGGGACAAGACCAAAGUGGCCAACCACCUCAAGUGGUGCUCGUACAAUUCGUUGGCGCUAUUUAACAGCAUGGACGUCGGAGUGCAGAGAGACGAGAGUGCCAUAGAAGACCAGACCCACACUGCGACGGAUGGUACCGAACUGGACGACGCAUCCCCCGACGAGCAACCUGAUCAAAACGACGUCGACUAUGAGAUCGAUCCCGCCCCACCCCAAGACCCUAUGACUCAGACUGAACUUGUUGGAGCGGUAGCUGAGGCCAUCACCGUUUUCAUCGAACCCGUGUCAUGUAUCAAGCUCGACAUCAACAGCGAUUGCCGCGACCCCAAAUUGAAGACUCGAUUCGGUGCUACGGCAACAACCGAUAUCUUGAACCAAAGGAAACAACUGGCGCACUGCUUUAACAAGAAGUCUGAAUGUCGCCGCCGGCUUGAAAGCCCACGAAACUCGUCGCGUGAAGUGACACUCGAGGUUGUCUGGGAGAAGGCGGUCUCGUUCGGCAACUUUGAACUGCUGGCCGAGUUUGCUGUUGGACUCGCUAGCAUUGCGCCAGGUACCCACACAGUGGAGGGGGACUUCAGCACGCUGAAGCGUACGAUGAGUCCGCAUCGCGGCCGACUCAGCAACUACGCGAUGGAAGGUGAGUUGCAAUGUCGACAAUACUUUGAGCUCAUGAGUUUGGCGGACAAGAUGUCCAGGUACCAAGCAGCUGCCUAG